UACAACAUGGAGGACAGCGGCUCGUACGAAGCUCAUUUAUCUUGAAAUAGGCCGACACUUGUCCCCUUCGUCGCUUAAAAUGGCCACCAAAUCACACUAUUUCACUACCUGUGACGGAAAACUGCUGACACUUUCUUGGGGAGCACGAGGAAAUAACGAUCUUUCUGAAAUUAGAGGUACUUUUUACAACUUUGAUCUUGCAACUUGCAGGUUUUGUGGUGACGCGGAAAGUGGCUCUCCUGUUGAUAUUUCAUAUAACCCAGGAGUGAAUUUUGAUGUUCUAAAAGUUUGCAAGGUUAAAGAAAUUUCAACAGGACAAAACAUAAACUGCAUACUUCUUCAGAGAUCAGAGAGGAAAGUAAACCAGGGGCACGUUUAUUAUGUGAUUACAACAAGUGAAAACAACUUAAUUUGCAUCAGAAAGUUUUCUGACAAACAAAAUCUCUCUCAGCUGCUUUUGUUAAACUCAGAGGAAUUACAGUUAUUUGAUGGACCAAAUGUGCUAUGGAUUGAAGGCCUAACUGUAAGUUUUACACAUAAUUACCCAAAUUCAACAAAUACUGUUGUAUGUAAAGUGGAUUUACCGGUACACGUUUCAGCACUUUUGGAGUUAAAGUGGGCUUCAUUGAUCCCUGACUCAUGGGAUUCACAGGUGUACAUUCUUUGCAAGACCCAGAGCAGUGUUAAAGAGCAUGAAAGGAUGGAUCAGGACAUUUCUGAUAGUGACAGUGAAGACGACUGUUUUAAAUUUUAUGGCUUUAUCAUCAAGAAAAAUGGUGCUGUCUUUUCUAGAAGUGUGGAAGACAAAGUUAGUUUUGUUGUAGAGCAAACCCCAACAAACUUAUUUCCAGACAUAUAUGCAGACAUAAUAAGCUGUAUGACAGUGCAGCACUUAGGCACUCCCAAAAGGACAAGUCAGUCAGAAUUGUCAGCAUGGUAUAUAACCAAGACACAUGCCCAGUCUUCAGAUAUGGACACAAGUUAUUCUGCAAAUACUUUCAGUUCAGAUGUUUUUGCUUGCACAACUCAUGGUCAGCUGCUGCAGUUUCAAAAUGGACUUGUCCACAGAUGCGUCCAAAUGCCUUUUAAUGAUGCUGUUGAUGUUAAAGUGGUGGAGACCAUGGGUGGUCAGUGUAAUGUGGUAGUGGCCUCUGCAACUGGACAGUUGAUUGUUUUCGAUGAGCUCCAUUUAAAGCAGGUAGAUUUGUUCCAAGAUGUCAAGAAAGUUUUGGUGGAUGAUUUUAUUGGAUGUGGCUCGGACCAAGUAUUGCUGGUGUACAACAAUGCAGAUGGUACAGAGGGCAUGGUCACACAGUUCCUGCUGACAGAUUUUUGCCUGCAUAAAUUUGAUUCUGAACAGGUGAAUGCAGAUAUUGAAGUGCCCUGCACUGAUCAUGAGGAAAAUCUCCAAAGAACUGCACAGGCUCUGGAAGCCAGAUUGCAGGCUGGCCUGUCAGCAGUAAGGGAGGCAGAAUAUUUGUGCAGGAAGAAGCAGAGUUUGAUAGAACGCACAUGCCAGAAUAUAGAGAAUAUGAAUCUGGGUAGAAAAGUGCCAAUCACUUGUGAACCACAUCUUGUACAUCUGGUGGGUCCAGUAAGGGAAGCUGAUCAUGGUGAUAACACAGGUACCAGUUCCUCUGGUUUGACCAAAGGCUAUCAGUGUCUAGACACCCUUGAAGUGAGGGAUACCUGGCAGAGAUUGGUUCAUGAGAAGUGGGUGAUUGGUGUUGAUCUGGAAAAUGUGUCACAAAUUGAUUGCUUUGACAUCUGGAUUUCUAUUGUCCCUUGUGCCAAUAGUAAUGUGCAGCACAUGGAAUCUCAUGCCAAAGUCCAAGCUUUAUCAUCAAAGAGAGAGAAAUUAAAUCACCAUAAUUUUGAUGGAGACUCAAUUCCAGAAAAGAGACUGAAAUUUAAGAUGGAUUCAAAGAAAUCCAAACAGUGUCUUGUUCAUGGGGAAGAGAUUAGCGUUGCUGCUUGGGCAGAAAUUCCACAAUUUGGUGUCAACCCCCAAGUCAGUUGUAACUUGAUUCUCCAUUGGUCAGAGAGUGAUCAUGGUAACCAUGGUGCUGACCCAGUUAGUAAGUCAUUCAUGAGAAUCUGUGGUCAGGUGACACUAAGUUUUCAAAAUGUUGCUGACAUUGGCAAUGACAAAUUUUAUGUCAGAAUGAGAGAGAAAGAUCUGAAUAAACUUUCAGGGAUCAAAAUCAGCUGCUGCUUCUAGUCCAUACCCUGUAUGGGCAUCUCCCAGAUGAUGUUAUUAUCUUACCAUAUCACCAUGGUGACACCAAAAGGGUUGCCAUGGAAACUGUGCUUCAUCACAUGACAACAGAGCAGGCCAAAAUUAGGGAGUCUUUCAUGCAGCUUAUAAAGGAUGCUGAGAAAGAAAAGAGUCAGAAAUCUGCAGCUUCACAACAGGUUGACUUGACAAGUGAAGGACUCGAUGAAAAAAUGGAUACUAGUGACAAAGAUCCUGCUAAAGUUCGUGAUGAAUUUCAAAGGCAGCAAAAACAUACAAUGGGCAGUGGUUCUGGUGAAAUUGUUGUUGAUGGUGGAAAAUAUUUAGAGGCUAUGAAAGGCAUCCUCGAUUUGCAGAUGUUAACUGACCAUGCAAUGUGUUCUUACACAGAAAAAUAAUCAUUUGAUUUAAUUGUUUAUUAGGUCAUUAUUAUUAUUUAUUUGAUUUAUUUAUCGUUAUUCUUUGUGGUAGAUACAGACAUGGGACAAGAUGUUAUUGCUACACAAAAUGUAUAUAUUUAGUUAAUUGACAUAUGAACAUUUGAACGCGUUGGUAUUUUAACCAUUUUAAGAAUCUUUUUUACUAUUUUGAAGAUCUUUGUAUAUUUGUUAAAAGAUACAUUAAAGAUAUGCUGGUUUACUGAGUAGUUGGUACAAUGAUCUCAUAUUUGUCAUUUGUUUAAAUAACAUAGACAAACAUAAAAUCAACAUUAAAAAAAUUAACUGAUUUUGAGACGCAUGAUAUUUUGAAAGACUACACCAUUUAUUUCUAUUUUAUCCAAAUCAUGAUCAAAGUCGAUAACUAAAAAGGGCUACAUAGAAAAACAGGGUAUGUUAUUUUUUCGACUAGGUGUAAAAUAUAUCGGACAAUUUUUAGAUUAGUUUUAAGUUUAGAAUCACCUAUGAUAAGUAUUGAAAAAAAUGAAAAAAAAAAACUGUGAGGUAGAUGCGGCACUGAGGUUACUAAAUCAGCUCCGAAUACCUCAGUCAAUUAUGACCAUGAUACGUUGCAAAUAUUCAAAUUCAUUCAAUAUAGAUAUGGUUAUGUAACCCAUCUCUUAUUUUAAUGGGAUUAAAAAAUUUUUUCAGCAACAUCAUUUGUCUUAGGACCCAUCAAACGAGUUUAAUGGGUACUUGGUUUAUCCUUUUUUAUGCUAUAUCAUUUAUUAUCCAUAAUGCUUCCUCAGGAAGCGUACAGUACGGCUACACUUGUCAAACCUGAAUCAAAAACUUUUUUAUGUGACAUGAAAAUGGUGAAGUGGAAAACAAAUGGCGCUUUGUUCAGACAAAGCUCUAGCGUAUAAUUGUGCCACAUAGUGCCAUUGGAUGUUUGUCACUGUCCCGCGAUAUAUAACUUUAAGUAUGCCGUUACUUACACUUACUAAGCGAACUUUUUUUACUAGCUAAUUAGUUGGAGGGUCAAUGAUUCAUACCCUGCACUCUCCGUAGUUUAUUACUUAAAUCCUGUAGUCUCGGCGAUUCGUUGUUUAAAAAAGGCAUAUGGCAAUUUGGUUUUGUGGGUCUAUUUUAUUGCCUAA